AAAGUAUAUAGUACUGCAUGUCCUUAUCGUAUAGUACUAAUAUAGUUCAAGGUGUUGCAGACAUGACCAACCAUUUGCUUCAAAGCUGAGUCAGUAACUCACCAACUCCCAUCCAUCUUCUUCUUCUCUCAAAAACUAUCAUCCCGAACGUUAUUCCAAUCAUCUGCUCAUGUUAGUAUCUCAAACACCAGCAAGCAGCACUCAGACGAACAUUAUGAACCUUGAAGUUUGAGCUCCAGUAGCAGCCCAAGAGUUAGGUACGUUUGGCUGUCAUUCUUCUCAUGAUAUCGAUAGGAAUAUGUACAAGUGCUGAAUCGAAUAUCCUGUAUUCCUGUGUCUCUCUGCAGACCAAAGAUUCUAACAAAGCUUUCAUCGAAUCUCCAAAACGAUAUGUCCAGGUCUUUGGAUCUCUCGGUGAAAUAAGACCAAAGCUAUGAACUGAACUAGUUCAGUCAGAUUGUUUUCUUCCUGAAUUUAUGCAAGAGAGAGCAAAACACAAGGAAGCAUUCCAAGGAAGUCUGCAAGGAGAAGUGCACCCAGAAUCAACAUGGACUGGAUUGAACAAGUUAAUAUUUGUGAUCUGAUACCACCAAAGAAUCUGCCAACACCUGCUCCAUUCAGUGUCAUCAGCAGCACCAAAGGAUCAUGCAAACGUUUCCCUCAGGAUUACGAUGCUGGACCAAUGAAGAUAAAGCUUAUUUGCAACUUUGGUGGCAGGUUCCUCCCAAGGCCAAGCGAUGGUGAGCUUCGGUACAUUGGGGGCGACAGGCAUCUGAUUAAAAUCCGCCGGGACAUCUCUUGGCAAGAGUUGAUCUGCAAGACAACAAAGCUGAUAAGGCGAGCUCACACGAUAAAGUACCACCUCCCAGGGGAGCAAGUGAGCAUGCUCAUUUCCAUCACAUCUGAUGAUGACCUCAGGCAUAUGGUUGACGAGUGCACCGUGCUAGAAAGAACGAAAGAGAUGGUGACCAUGUACCUCUUCUCAGGAAAAGACGAUGAGCGGCAUGUGCAUUUCGUUGUACAAAGCUCAUCCGAUGUAGAAAAGGAAGCACAGUUCAUUGCUCUUAUCAAUGGGCUCGUCAGACCAGGUAAUGAAUUGAGAACACAGAGAAUGGAUAGAUCCUCAGUCCAGGACCUAGACCAGCUGAUGCCUGGCUUAAGUCUGUUAGGAUUGCCGACAGCCAGAACAGAGGAAGCUUCAAUGUACAUCAAAAGUAAGCCUUCACAGAGUAUCACAGUACCGCUAAAGACAGCAAGUGGUCAGUCAGAAAAACGGGUGGCUAACCAAGAUUACAGGGCACAAGGGAAUGAAGGUAACAUGAUCUCUGCAGCUACAAAUGCGAGUAAAGCUUACCUUGGUGCAUCUGUGCCUUGUGAAACCACACUUAGGCAACAGCAAGGUGGUGGUCUCUCUGUUUCAAGGCAUCAGCAACAGAGUGUCACUGAAAGUUCUGGAAAGAGCCAUCAAGCUACAGGAGCACAAGAAACCCGAUCAUCACCAAGGAACCAGUUGCCGACACCAUCAGACAACAGCAGUGUGAAGAAGACACAGCCAUCGGAUUCAAACAACAGAAACCCAAUGCCACAUACAAGUCCACCUGUGCAUUUCAAAAAGCCUGCGUCUUUAUCAAGGGGUCCCCAGAAAACAGUGAACCAGCAAGGCUCCUCUGAUGAGAACAAGUUAAAAUCAAGAACGCAUGGCACCCAAGAAGAAGAUAUGUUUCAUUCAGCAGAACACCCGGCAAGGAAGAACAGCAAGGUAGAGAUCUGUGAACCUAAUCAUGAAUCUGGCACCCCAGGUUGCAACUUGCACUACGUGGAGAAGUCCGUUGUAACCAAUAGCAUCCUGAAGCAACAGCCUGCGGUUCCUUGUGUUUUUACAGCUUUGGACACGGCAAUAAAUCUGCAACCAAAUAUUCUAGCGCGUGCGUCAAGUGAGAGAAUACAGGAACGACCCAGUAGUCCAAGACCAGAUGAAAAUGCACCAAAAAUCACUCGAUUCCGUUCAGUUGGUACUGAUGGUGUUAAUCCUCAGACUGGAAUUCCAUCACAAGAAGAAGACAAAGAUAAUAACACUUCACUGCCAAUCUCAGAGCCCGAGGUACUUGACACCAAGGGCAGUGAACCUCGGCCUGCAAAUGCAGUGCUGGUCAGAGAUCUUAUAAGUAAUGUCCAGAUAAUAAGCAAUGAGGACCUUGAAGAUCUCCGUGAGAUGGGCUCUGGAGCAUUUGGGACUGUUUUUCAUGGAAAAUGGAGGGGAACAGAUGUUGCCAUUAAACGGAUAAAGAACAGUUGUUUUUCGCACCCAUCAUCUCAAGCAGAUAAACUGAUAACAGAAUUUUGGAGAGAGGCAGCUAUAAUCUCAAAACUUCACCACCCAAAUAUUUUGGCACUUUACGGGAUUGUAAAGAAUGGGCCAGGGGGCACAUUAGGUACUGUAACAGAAUUCAUGGUCAAUGGAUCCCUAAAGAAAGUCCUCAGUCGCAAAGACAAAUAUCUGGAUUGGCGCAAGCGGAUACUGGUUGCAAUGGAUGCGGCCAUUGGCAUGGAAUACUUGCACUCCAAGGACAUUGUCCACUUUGAUCUGAAAUGUGAUAACCUGCUAGUGAAUAUUAAGGAUCCCUCUCGUCCCAUAUGCAAGGUUGCCGAUUUUGGUUUAUCAAAGAUGAAACAAGCCACCCUUGUUUCUGGUGGAAUGAGAGGAACUCUUCCAUGGAUGGCUCCAGAAUUGCUGACAAUGAGCGGCACUAAAGUUUCCGAAAAGGUUGAUGUCUAUUCUUUUGGCGUUGUGAUGUGGGAAAUUCUCACUGGUGAGGAUCCAUACGAUGGGAUGCACUAUGGAGGAGUCAUAGGGGGGAUUUUGAGCAACACACUGAGGCCACCAGUGCCAACUUCGUGUAAGCCAGAAUGGAGGAAACUGAUGGAGCAAUGCUGGUCAACCGAACCUGGGCGAAGACCUUCUUUCUCUGAAGUUGCAACUGGUCUCCGCGGCAUGCUGCAAGCAAACAAAUGCGAAUCUCUGUGUUGAUAUCACUCUGGCUUCUUGUAUACAUAUCCUACCUGCGCAUAUAUGAUACAAACAUGGAUAUAUUUUUUUGACUCCCAACUUGCAAGUGUUCGACUCUAUUGUCCCCAAAGUUGACCGACUGGCAGGGUAAUUUCGAUUUGGUCUCUGCCCCCAUGCUGUUACUGGAAUAUCUAAUCUAGCAAAUAGUAAAUGAAAGUUCCACUUA